UCAAAAAUUAUAAUGAAAACCUCUUUUUUAGGAAACUAACUUACGAAUCGAAUAGGUAUAGUAAUCAAGAAGUGUAAUGACCUAAAUAUUCGAUUAAUCGAUCAAAAUUUGUAAAUAACUGCCUUAAAAGUAGGUUUAUAAGGCAGAUCCAUGACAACUAAAAUCAACAACCGUUUAACCUAUUUUAACCACGUACAUGUGUUUUGAUAACAAAUACCGCAGUAUUAUAAAUCGGUAAAAUGGCCAAAAAAAAGUUGAAAAAAAAUUCUAAAAAGAAAUCUCAAAAAAAGCAAAAGAAACAACAAAAAGAUGAAAAAUCCGAACUACCAGAAGUGAACAAGGAACUGUAUGAAAUACAAAUCAGCGACUUAAACGCCAAAUUGCAAAGAUUAAAGGACCAAUGUGCCGAAUACGAAGCUGAAAAUAUAGAAGUGAAAGAAACUUUAGCCCAGUUAAACGAAGACAGAGCUGAUGUCAUUGCUUAUUUGAAACGUAUUUUGAGAUCCAAAACAGAUGAGAUUUUUGAACUCAGGGAACGUGUUGUGGCGUUGCAACAAGCCAGACAAAUUGAAAAUGCUGAAUUUACAGAAAAAUUUCGUAGUAAAGAAAACGAGCUUAAAUCUGUUCGAGAUCAGCUGACAUCGGAGGUUAAUUUACUAAAUGGAAAAUUGAAUGUCUUGGAUGAAUUUCGAGUACAAAAGGAUGAACUUAUGAGGAAAUUUCAACAACAAGAAGAAGCUAGGAAAGAGCAAGAAGUUCGGCAUCAAGAAACAUUGCAUAACAUCGAGAAAGAUUUCAUUUUGAAAAAAAUUCAUUUGAAAAAGGAAGUAGAAGAACGAUUGAUCAAAUUAUCAGAAGAUUUUCAAACCAUAAUGCAACUGAAGAUUGGUUCAACGACCAAAAUAACAGUGGCAGAAAAUAACGCUUUGAAGAAAGAGAUGAACAAAUUAAUGGAAGUAUGCAAAGAUUUGAUUAAAGAAAAUAAUGAAUUUAAAAAUAAAGAACAAAUGGCUAAAAUUAAAUAUUCGCUUCUCAAGGAAGAGGCAAACGAAAGUCUUAAUAAAUAUUUAACCACAAACAAAAAUUUACAAGCAGUUUUAUUAGAAAACCAAAGCUUGAAAUGUCAACUGGAAACGACCAGAAAUCAAUACGAUAACGAUGUCACUCAAUUAUCGAAUAAUUUAGAAGAAUGCAGAGAUAAUUUGAACAACCAACUGAUAAUGAAUAAAGAAACACAAGAAGAAUUACAACAAUAUAAAAUACAAGAUGAAAUGCAAAGGUAUAAACUGGAUGAAUUAGCAAUUAGAAUGAAAAAACUUAAUGAUAUAAACACCAAUGCGGUAGAAUCAAUUAAAAAUGUGGUUUUGGAGAAUCCAGAACAUAAUGCGAAAAGUUACUAUGACAGAAUAUCAUUCGCUUCGUCAUUGUUGGAAAUAUUAAAAACGGCAAAAAUGGAAGAAGAUAUAAAUACAUUCUUAGAUAAAUCGUUUAGAUCUUAA